AUGGAUUACGAUCACUUCGGGCAAAGCUCUCAGCAGCCCAAGCAAAGGCGCAAGAGAGUGGGAAAAAGGCGACAGAAUAACAAGCCUCCUAUUCCUGCUCGUCUAGCUCUCGACCCCAAGCUCCGUGGAAAUGUUGGUGUCAUAUCGGAGGACAUAGCAAAUGACCUGUUCUCUCACCAGUCCCUUUUGGAUUCCGCGACCGGAGACGGAGUUCUGUAUGUUGCAGUUUCCCCGCACACGCCUACUUAUAUCUCUGUCGAGGACUCGACAUGGACGAUUCUCCCCGUUCGCAUCCAACCAGCAAGGUCACAGGCGCCGACAUCUCAGUCGACUAUACUUUUCCCUGAAUCGGCCGAUUCGCUCCAGUCUUUCCUUCUGGCUCUUGGGAAGCUCGACUCUGCACGUCAAUCGCUGCAGACCCACCGCAGUGUAGAAAUCCGGAUCCUCGAUGUUGCCCCAUUGCACCUGGAUACGGUAUUUGUUACCGUGGAGCGACAUCUGCUGCGAAAUCAUGACGAUGUCCAAAACAAGUUCGGCGGUGGUUUCCAGAUUUCUGGGCCGACUGGGUUGCGGCCAAAGAAUGGGAAAGGACCGGAGAACAAGAGAUAUUCAAAGAAAGAGGCGGCCGAUGCGGAGCAACGAUUGACUGCGGCUGUGCGCGAGGCAUUAGCUACGCAGCGCAUUGUCCAUACCGGGGAUGUCUUACCUCUCCCUCUGCCAGCGCAUCCUAUCACUUAUGCGCCCGCUCCACCCGCCCGUAUAUCCUUUUGCGAGCCAGUCUCACAAGGACUUUUGAUGCCUGCGACAAAGAUUGUGCUUGUUCACGCUCGCUCGCAGGCAAAUCGCAGCCAGCAGAUAAUGCCCCCGAGAUCGGCUCUGUUGAAACAGGUCGCGGAGGACGAAGCCGAUGAUACUUCCAAUGAACAAUUUUACUCAGCCGCUGAGGAUAAGCCCGGAGAAAGUGCGACGGACAUGGAAACCACUUCUGCCGCCGAAGAAUCCGAAACUGAAGGCUCUGCUGGGUCCCUCAGCGAUUCUUCUGAUGAUUCUCUGGAAGAUAUGAUAUCCCUAUCUGCCCCGGAGCUGCCACAGCCUCCAUCAGGUGUGAUGUCUGCAAUGACAUCUGCGACUCCUCGUGCGGGAGGGCGCCGAACCGAUGGCAUACAUACUCCCGGGUCGGUUGCUUCUAAUUUCACAUCAGCGACUAUGCGACCUGGUCGCGGCGGUGGAAAGGUCUUCAAGGUCGAAGGACUCUUGCAGCAAGUUCCCAAUGAAGUUUUGCACCCACGCCCUCGUGAUGACGAAGAUGUCGACUCUUUUGUGUUCGUUGAUAUCAACACAUUAGCCAAGAUUGGUUGUUUCUCUGGAGACUGGGUGCGAAUUGAGGCCACAGAGGAACCUCAGCUUAAUAUGUUUGCCUCGCUUAAAUUCGGGAGCUUUAAUGAGUCUCCGGAGGAUUCUGGUGACUGGCGCCCAGUUAAGGUGUUUGGCCUACCAGGACUUCCAUCAUCGAAGCCUCGGUAUGCCAUUAAUCACUCCGGAGAUCGUCGAUCAAGCUUCUCACAGCGUCCCCAGACACGCUUAACUCCUUCAAUUUUUGUGCCGCCUUUGCUGUUGGGCAAUAUCGACAACCCAAAGUAUUUGCGCAUCUCCCCCAUGACAUUCCCCGUCGUCAGUGCUGCGAAGCCUGGUCUUCUGCACCACAUGAAGAAUACAGCCGCGAAGAACCCACCUUUGGCCAAGGAAGUCACCCUACUCAAAGUUUCCACUCCACUUUCCAUGGAUCGGGUUUUGCAACCGGCGCUGUUUGCUGGACUGAAGCAAUACUUCGAAUCUCGCAGACGGAUUUUGAAGAGCGGUGAUCUGGUUGGUAUCAGCGUCGAUGAAGGAUUAGGCAGAGCUGUCUUUUCUGGAACUGCGGGAGGUGACACGGCAAAUCAGGAGGAUGAUAUUACCUCUAGAUUAGGCCAGGGCUCAAAUCAUGAUAAUUCUGCGGCUCGGAAGGUUGGUGUUGCUUGGUUCCGGGUCGGACAAGUAACGCCGACUGCAGUUGAAGAAUUCGAAGAGACCGACGAAGACCAGUGGGGUGGUGUUGCAGUCAUCGACCCUUCGAGUACUCGGAUGGUUCAGGCUGGCAGCGAUGUCAGCCGUGUCCCUGGAAUUCUGGGCAAUGGAUGGGAGUACUGGCUUGGUGUCAAGGCCGUCCCGAAAUCUGUGGACCAGGCCCCAGCAGCUCAUGGAAUUGUCACAGACCUUCCCCAGGCAUUUAUCCCUCCUUUGCAGCAACGAAUCCGUGACUUGAUGGCGGCAGCCACAAGCCCGCGUGCAAUCCAAUUGGGUAUGAAGCCCGUUAUUAUUCUUUUGAGUUCUCAACAGAGACACAUCGGUAAAGCGACAAUUGCUACCCGAGCAUGCGCCGAUAUUGGACUCCAUACUUUCCCCAUUGAUUCUUAUGAUAUUCUUACCGAGGGUGGUGCAAACGGCGGCGAUGUGAAGACAGAGGCAUAUCUCAAAGCACGGGCGGAACGGGCUUUCCACUGCGGAUCAAAUUGCACCGCCUUGCUUAUCAGGCACAUUGAGGUUUUGACAGCAGAUCGAAUGGUCACUGCCAUGACUGAUAUCGCGAAUGAAGCUAGAGUUAUCAUCGCCACAACUACCGAUGUCGAAGAAAUUCCGGAAGGAAUCCGCAGCAUGUUCACCCAUGAAUUCGAGAUGGGAGCACCCGAAGAGAAGGAGCGUGAGGGCAUUCUUCGGAACGUAGUUGCAGAACGUGGCAUCAAACUAUCUUCUGAUGUAGAGCUGGGAACUGUUGCUUUGAAGACCGCAGCGCUGGUUGCUGGAGACUUGGUUGAUGUUGUGGAACGAGCUGCCACAGCUAGGACUGCCCGUCUAGAGGGUCUUGCAGAGGCUGCAAGCAAACAACUCACCGGAUCACAAGUCUGUGUCCGGGAUGUAUUGCUCUCUGGUGGAGACGGGGCCCGAGGUGUCACCAAGGCCGACUUCGAUGCUGCAGUUGAGGCUGCUCGGAAGAACUUCGCCGACUCCAUUGGUGCACCCAAGAUCCCCAACGUCAGCUGGGAUGACGUUGGUGGACUAAGCAACGUGAAGGAUGCCUUAGUUGAAACUAUCCAGCUGCCACUCGAGCGGCCCGAAUUGUUCGCCAAGGGUAUGAAGAAGCGGAGUGGUAUACUGUUCUACGGACCUCCUGGUACUGGAAAGACUCUGCUGGCCAAGGCCAUUGCUACCGAAUUCUCCCUCAACUUCUUCUCUGUCAAGGGUCCAGAGUUGCUCAACAUGUAUAUCGGUGAGUCCGAAGCCAACGUCCGACGAGUUUUCCAGCGCGCCCGAGAUGCCCGCCCCUGUGUCGUGUUCUUCGACGAGUUGGACUCGGUUGCUCCUAAGCGUGGUAACCAGGGUGACAGUGGCGGUGUCAUGGACCGCAUUGUCAGUCAGCUGCUCGCUGAACUGGAUGGGAUGAACGGCGGCGAGGAGAACAGUGGCGGCGUUUUCGUCAUCGGAGCUACUAACCGACCCGAUCUGCUCGACACUGCUCUUCUCCGGCCUGGUCGAUUCGACAAGAUGCUUUACCUGGGCGUGUCAGAUACGCACAGGAAGCAAGCUACAAUUCUUGAGGCGCUUACCCGAAAGUUUGCCCUCAAUCCCGAUGUGUCUUUAGAUCGAGUUGCGGAGCAGCUUCCUCUGACCUACACUGGUGCAGAUUUGUAUGCUCUUUGCUCUGAUGCCAUGCUGAAAGCAAUCACAAGAAAGUCCACCGCUGUGGACGACAAGAUCAAGCAACUUCCUGGCGGUCCAGUCACUACGGCGUACUUCUUCGACCAUCUUGCGACUCCGGAGGAUGUGAGUGUCAAUGUCACUGAAGAAGACUUUGUGGCGGCGCAAGGAGAGCUUGUUCCUUCUGUUAGUGCCAAGGAACUCGAACAUUUUGAGCGAAUUCGGCAAAGUUUCGAGUCAGUCGACAAGCAGAAGCAGGACCCGGCAGCAGCCGCCCCCCAGACCAUUGCCGAAGCCAUGGAAGCAUUCAAUCUUGGAGGCGCUGAGUCUCCGAAUGAGAUCGCGAUCAGCAACGGGGAUGGCUCGUACCCAGGAAGCAUUCAUGGUCGCAUCAAAGGAUUGAAGCAAUGGCCCGGUGGAAUGGUACGCAGUGCCAGUGGUCAGUCCACAACGAGCAGCAAAGGCAAAGGCAAGAGCGUGGCUGGAAGGAAGGGCAAGAGCCCAAGCGGUGCAGAUUCUGAUGCUUCGGUUGAAGACGACGAGCACGAUAUGCAAGGUGGUGCGCUAAAUGAUGAUGAGGAUUAUAUCGUCCGAACUGACCAUCUCGCAAACCCCAUGGAAGAGGUGGAGUAA